ACAACAUCAAAUACUAUUGUUUUUAGAGAUGGUAUGGUAAAGUUUUCGUGAUUUAAGGAUGGUGUUGUCCGUUGGUUAUGAAAAAAGAGUUAUAAAAAUGAAGAAAAAUUAAAUCAUUACGCUGGCGAGAGUAACGGAGAGGAAGGGCCAGUGAAGCGACCAAAUCACGCAACCCCGGUCACCAGACUCACCAUCCAGAAUCAGAAGCCAAAAAGCAAGGAAAGAUGCCGCAUAGAACUCGACCCAUGACAGCCCUCUUGGUGUUUACUGGACUCAAUGUUGUUUUGGCGUCAACCAUUACUCCAGUCUAUGAUUUCGUCUGCUUCCUUCCAUACUGGGAACGAAGGCGAGAACGACGACGUCAGGAACGUGAGGCAUCUUUAGUGCACUCUCAAUCAACAUAAAAGGGCCUCCAGGGAGUGGGGCUGAAGGUAGGAUCUGUCAGAGUGGGCGGACCCAGAUGAAAGGCCCAA